AUGGAUAGUAAUCCUAAUUUAAAAUCUAAAUUACAAACACAACAUAUUUUAGAAGAAUCAGGAUCACAUCCAAUCUUUUUAACUAGAGUUGAAGUUAAUGGAGGUGAACAAUUCUCAGAUACAUUCUUUGAGAAAUUAUUAACACCAUUAUUUGAACAUGGUGAUUAUACUUUAACUCAAUUGGUUGAUUGUAUUCAUCAAUCAGAAGCUAGAUUAAUUAAAACUGGUGUAUUUCUGGAUAUUUCUGCAAGAUUACAACCAGAUUUUUAUUCAAAUAUUCCUGCUUAUAUUAAGAAAUAUAAUAAAGAGAAAUCAUUAAGAACAAAAGUUGUUUUCAAUUUAGAAUCAAUUAAUUUAAAUUCAAUUGAUGGAUUUUUGAAUUUUAAUACUGAAGAUUAUUUAAAUAUUAAAUUAAAUUAUUUAGAUAAUAAUGUUAAUCAAAAUGCUGAAUUGCUUAAUAUUGGUGUUGAUUAUAAUCCUUAUAAACCAAAUGAUCAUUUAAUUGCCAAUGCUAAGAUCUUAUCCACUUUAAAGAAUCCUGCUUAUAAACUUAUGCUUGAUAUAUCCCAUGUUCAACAAAAUAAUCAAAUUUGGCAAAAAGCCAAUGAAGGUGUUACUGGUGGUAUACUUGGUGUAUUAUAUAAUCAUCUGGAUAAAUUGAAUAUCUUUUCUGGAGUAUCUUUAUACAAUAGAAGUGUUUAUGAUAUUGAUGAAAGUUCUGCAUCUGAUGAUUUAAAGUCAUUUAAUGGAGAUUAUUUAAAAUCAUCAUUAGUUAAUCAAAUUAGUUUAAAUAAAUUAAAUUAUUUAAAUCCAAUUACCAAAAAUUUCCCAUCAGGUGGUUAUGAUUUAACUUUAAAUAAUGAAAUUUCUUCAAAUCAAGAACAAAAGAAUUCAAUCAAUCAUGGAGAAUUCAUUAAAUCGGCAUUAUCUUAUAAUUAUUAUAAAUCAUUAUUUAAUAAUUAUAUAACCACUCGUAUUCAAGCAGAUAUGGGUGCUAUUUUCCCCAUGGAUUCCAAUAAAAUAACCGUUCAUUCAAGUGAUAAGUUUUAUUUAGGUGGAUAUAAUUCAUUUUCUGGAUUUACAAGAAAUUCAAUCCAACCUCAAGGUGGAUUACAAUUUUAUAAAUUACAAGGAACAAUUUAUUCCAAAAUCCCAAAAUUCUUAUAUCAACCACCAAGUCACAUCCCAAGUGAUGAUCAAAAUCCUUUGAGAUUUUAUGCUGAUGGUAUAAUUGGUAAUGUUAGUAAUAAUAUUAUGGAUGAUGAUUCUGGGGCAAUUAGUGGUGGAGUUGGUUUAAAAUAUUUUAGUAAUUGGGCUAAUUUAGAUAUUGGUUAUUAUGUAAGUCAAAGAGUUAAAUCUGAUAAUAAUAUUGGAAUUAAAGAUGGUUUACAAUUCUCAAUAUCUAUUGGUAGUUCCCUUCGUACUCUGUAG